GGAGAAGGCAGUGGAUGCUGGUCGUCUACCAUUGGGAGCUCAGACUGGGAGGCAAGACUUGAAACCAAAGAGUCAACUCCAGAGUCCAUCAUUACUGAAGAUUUAUCCUAUUGGGUAAUAAUGGAAAAGGAAGGUGUGUAGAGGUUUCUGCCUGAAGAGUCCUGCUCUGCUCGUUCCUAAAAGAGCUCAGUAGAGAAGAAGCAAUGGCUGUCAGGCACCUGCCACACAUGGCCCCGGAAUCAGUGACCUUCAAGGAUGUGGCUGUGCGCUUCACCCAGGAUGAGUGGGCACAGCUGAGCCCUGCUCAGAGGGCCUUGUACAGGGAUGUGAUGCUGGAGAACUACAGCCACCUGGUCUCACUGGGGCUCUUUGGACCCAAACCAGAUCUGUUUGCCCAGCUUGGAAAAGGGGAAGAUUGGACAGCAGGAGACGCCUCCCGAGGCUUCUGUCUGGACUGGAUCACUAUUCCUGUGAAUAAGAAAUCUACUUUCAAGGCAGAUAUUCCUGAAGAAGAAUUGGAUUAUUGGAUGAUAAAGGAAAGAUUCACUAGCAAUAGUCAUUGGAAAUAUGAUAGCCUAUUGGAAUGGCAGCAUGGAGUCCAGGAGAUAAAGUUGCAGAAAAUGGUACUUACUCCCCAGAAAAUCUCAUCUAUGGGUAGUGACCAGGAAUGUGAUGGAUCUGGGAAGCACUGCAUUAUGAAUUCAUCUCUUGUUCAAAGUGAGGGAUUUCAAUCUAGCAAAAAAGCCUUUGAGUGUAGUGACUGUGGGAAAAUUUUCACUAAGAGUUCAACGCUUAAUAAACAUCAGAAAAUUCAUACUGAAAAACUUAACUCAAAACCAAAAACUCUCAUUAAAGAGAAACGGUAUAAAUGUAGAGAAUGUGGGAAAGCCUUUCACCAGAGUACACACCUUAUCCAUCACCAAAGAAUUCACACUGGUGAGAAACCGUAUGAAUGUAAGGAAUGUGGCAAGGCCUUCUCAGUGAGCUCCUCACUUACUUAUCAUCAGAAAAUUCACACUGGAGAGAAACCUUUUGAAUGCAACUUAUGUGGAAAAGCUUUUAUCCGAAACAUACACCUAGCCCACCAUCAUAGAAUACAUACAGGAGAGAAACCUUUUAAAUGUAAUAUAUGUGACAAAGCCUUUGUGUGCAGGGCACAUCUUACCAAACAUCAGAAUAUUCAUAGUGGAGAGAAACCCUAUAAAUGCAAUGAAUGUGGGAAAGCCUUUAACCAGAGUACAAGUUUUCUUCAGCAUCAGAGAAUUCACACUGGAGAGAAGCCCUUUGAAUGUAAUGAAUGUGGAAAGGCCUUCAGGGUGAACUCUUCCCUUACUGAACAUCAGAGAAUUCAUACUGGAGAGAAACCUUAUAAGUGUAACGAAUGUGGGAAAGCUUUCAGAGAUAAUUCAUCCUUUGCUCGACAUCGGAAAAUUCAUACUGGAGAAAAACCUUACAGAUGUGGUUUGUGUGAGAAAGCCUUUAGGGACCAAUCUGCCCUUGCUCAACAUCAGAGAAUUCAUACUGGGGAAAAACCAUAUACAUGUAAUAUAUGUGAGAAAGCCUUCAGUGACCAUUCAGCUCUUACUCAACAUAAGAGAAUUCAUACUAGGGAAAAACCUUACAAAUGUAAAAUCUGUGGGAAAGCCUUUAUCCGAAGUACACACCUUACUCAACAUCAGAGGAUUCACACAGGAGAGAAACCCUAUAAAUGUAAUAAAUGUGGGAAAGCGUUCAACCAGACUGCAAACCUCAUUCAGCAUCAGAAACAUCAUUUUGGAGAAAAGUGAUAUGAUUGCAGUUUAUAAGGAAGGGCUUUGAGCCUGAGUAUAUGAAUAAUUGAAUUUAAGAGAAUCCAUUCCAG